CCCAAGUCCUCACUGAUUAUGCAAACACUUAAGAAAUUAAAAAUUUAACCAUGUGCUUUGCCAUCAUGUAAAGGCUGAAGAAAGGCUUUAAUACUUAACAGUGAGAGACUACAGCUCCAUCACCUUGGAUGCUGUAGCACGGCUUCAUGCUAGAACAUGUUUCCUUAUAAACAUUUUGUGACUAUGGGGGAGAUAAUGAAGCUUGGGGGUAAAACUGAGAUGGGGGUUUCCCCAGAGGAUGAAUUAGCUGCAAAGCAGCUAAGGAAGGAUCUCGUGUUAGUGCAGCUGCUGGUUUCCUAGUCGAGAGCUGCUGCCGGAGAGCAGCUGACGGGAGGGAGGAGAUCAGCCUCUCGCUCUGAAGGGGUUGGUGUGUCAGGUUUCCAUGCAGAGCACGUGUGGAUAACGCGAGCUGCAAACGCUGCCGCCAGCUCCAGCCACCGGUACAGAGCGAGCUGGGAGCAUGGGGCAGGUGGCUUGGAAGGGUUUAUUUCUGUCACUUUUUGAUUAUAAAACAGAGAAAUACGUCAUCGCAAAGAACAAGAAGGUGGGGAUUCUCUAUCGAGUGGUGCAGCUCUCCAUCCUGGCUUACCUGGUGGGGUGGGUGUUUGUUGUUAAGAAAGGCUAUCAGGACACAGACACAUCCCUCCAGAGCUCUGUCAUCACCAAGCUGAAAGGGGUAGCCUUCACCAACACCUCGGAGCUGGGGGAGAGGCUGUGGGAUGUUGCAGACUACGUCAUCCCUCCGCAGGGUGAAAACGUCUUCUUUAUCAUGACAAAUCUGAUUGUGACCCCAAACCAGAGGCAAGCCACAUGUCCUGAGGUAGGAAGAACUGAGCUCCUUGGCCCCCAGACCCCUACAAAACUAGGGAGUGCCAGCAUUCCCGACGCCCUGUGUCACAAGGAUGAGGACUGCCCUGAGGGGGAAGCAGUGGUGGCUGGCAAUGGAGUUAAGACUGGCCGUUGUUUGAAAGACGGGGACAAUAUCAGAAGGACUUGUGAGAUACUGGCCUGGUGCCCAGUGGAGAAAAGAUCCAAACCCAAGAAACCACUUCUUGCCAGUGCAGAAAACUUCACUGUUUACAUCAAGAACUCAAUCCGCUUCCCUAAAUUUAAGUUCUCCAAGGUGAAUGUGCUGGCAACCGACAACAAGUCCUACCUGAAGAACUGCCACUACAGCAUGGAGCAUCCCUACUGCCCCAUCUUCCUCCUGGGGAACAUCGUCAGGUGGGCUGGGAGCGACUUCCAGGAAAUGGCCUUGGAGGGUGGUGUGAUAGGAAUUCAGAUUGAGUGGAACUGUGAUCUUGAUAAAGCCCCUUCUGAAUGUAAUCCUCACUAUUCUUUUAGCCGGCUGGAUAACCAGUUUGCAGAAAAGUCCAUCUCUUCUGGGUACAACUUCAGGUUUGCCAAAUAUUACCGGGAUGCUGAGGGGGUCGACUACCGGACGCUCAUUAAAGCAUAUGGAAUCCGCUUUGAUGUGAUGGUGAAUGGCAAGGCGGGGAAAUUUAACAUCAUUCCCACCAUUAUCAAUAUCGGUUCGGGGCUCGCUCUCAUGGGAGCGGGAGCUUUCUUUUGUGACCUGGUGCUGCUGUAUCUGAUUAAAAAGAGUAACUUUUACCGAGGCAAAAAGUAUGAGGAAGUAAAGUCCAGUUCCAGGAAAUCAUCAUCCAGCCCUACGCUGAAUGGGAAUCAGAGCCCUGACCAGCUCGGAGGGCUCUAGGCACAGCAAUGGGUUUGCCAGCCCAAGUCCUGUUCGAGGAAACCCACACAGCUGUGAAAUCACACCAGGCCUGGGAGGUGGAGAUAGCCCAGAUCAGGUCUACUGUCUAUUAUUGGGGUUUCCAGAGGACAAAAAGUCCUUUAAAGAACACCCUUCUUUCCCUGAAAUGUCCUCUGGUAUCCUGACCUUGCAACAGCAUGUCGUCACUAUGGAUUUAUAAAAGGAUUUUAUAAAAGGCAAAAGAAGGCA